AUGGCUUGCUGCAGCGGCAGCAGCAGCAGCAGCUGCUGUGUUGGUUGCUGUUGCUGCUGCAGCUGCUGCGCCGGCGCUGCAGCUGCUGAGGAGGUCAAGGCCCUGGAGUGCGUUGUGGCAGCAGCAGAAGCAGCAGCAGCAGCAACAACUGCAGCAGCAGCAGCAGCAACGGGAAAAGCGCUGCUGCAGCUGCAAAACUCAGUAACUCGGUGCUGCCUCAACAGCACCAAAGAGGCCCCGUGCGCGCUGGAGCAGCAGCAGCAGCAGCAAAUGGCUGCUGCUGCUGCUGCUGCUGAUGGUGCAGCAGCAGAGCUGCCUGUACAACCCAAACCCCCAGAAGAAGACACAGAAGCAGCAGCAGCAGCACUAACAGCAGCAGAUGAUAUACUGCUAGGCACUGUGGAGCCGCUGCUGUGGCAGCUGCAGCAGCAGCAGCUGCUGCUGCAGCAGCAGGCAACAGCAGCAGCAGCAGCAGCUCAAACGCUGCAGCGCAAUUGCAGCAGCAACAGGAGCGGCAGCACGAGGAAUCAUAAGGCUCUUAGUCCCGCAGCAGCAGCACAACCUGCUGCUGCUGCUGCUGCUACUGCUGCUCCCUGUGCUGCUGCCCUCUCGGAAACUGUUGUCUCGCUGCUGCAGCGCGACGCAGCGUUUAAGCUGCUGCUGCUGCAGGAGGUGGCAGCAGCAGCAGCAGCAGCAGCAGAAACGAAGGGAGCAGCCGCAGCUGCUGCAGCAGCAACAGCUAAAGCAGCACGCCUCGCUUGGCUAGCGCAGCCUUUUGCAGCAGAACUGCAGCAGCACCUCCUGCUGCUCCGCCGCAGGCUGCUGCUGCUGCAACACAAGCAGCAGCAGCAACUUCAGCAGCAAAAGCAGCAGCAGCAUAAGCGUGAAGUGCCACCAGCGGCUCACGCAUUCAACACUUAG